AUGAACGUUGUCUUCCGUUACAGCAAUGAGUUACUAGAGGUACAGGUGACUGCUGUCUGAAUUGCAUUUCAUAUUUCAUAUGACCGAUGGUAUUGUCAUGUUUUCCACUGUUUGGGAUGGUAUUGAUAUGAAUCAGACCAUGGUUUACAUCACACAGUGUCAAGUAGUGUAUUAUGUAUUUAUUUGAGGUGGGUGUUCAUGAGUAAAGUACUGAUUUUCAAGUUCUUAUUGACUACUGAUAUGUGACUAUAUUAGGACUAAACAUGUUGAAAGCGGAGCUAGUGUAUCUGGGUAACUAGAGAGGCGUUCCGUAGGGACAUUGUCAAUCAGCUUUUCUCUCUUCGUACAGCCUUUACACCGGACCCACGCAACCCGCCAGUUGACCGGUAAGUACCUCACAACAGACUCACCCUUGACCCCAAAUCUAAACCCAUAGGCACUUGUAUAGCUUGGAGGGGAUUGGGUAGGUAUACAUUUCCACAUGGCCUAUCAGAGGGCAAGCUGAAGCUCGUGGCUAUAUUGCUUCCAUCUAGCCAGGCCUCUUAGUGCUCCAUAAUUGAAUAGGGGUUGAUUUUAGGACCCUCUCCACCAAUCCUUUCCUCUCUCCACCAAUCCUUCCCUAGUCCUUCCUGUCUCCACCAAUCCUUCCCUAGUCCUUCCUGUCUCCACCAAUCCUUCCCUAGCCGUUCCUCUCUCCACCAAUCCUUCCCUAGCCGUUCCUCUCUCCACCAAUCCUUCCCUAGUCCUUCCUCUCUCCACCAAUCCUUCCCUAGUCCUUCCUCUCUCCACCAACCCUUCCCUAGUCCUUCCUCUCUCUACCAAUCCUUUCCUAGUCCUUCCUCUCUCCACCAAUCCUUUCCUAGUCCUUCCUCUCUCCACCAAUCCUUUCCUAGUCCUUCCUCUCUCCACCAAUCCUUCCCUAGUCCUUCCUGUCUCCACCAAUCCUUCCCUAGCCGUUCCUCUCUCCACCAAUCCUUCCCUAGUCCUUCCUGUCUCCACCAAUCCUUCCCUAGUCCUUCCUCUCUCCACCAAUCCUUCCCUAGUCCUUCCUGUCUCCACCAAUCCUUCCCUAGUCCUUCCUCUCUCCACCAAUCCUUCCCUAGUCCUUCCUGUCUCCACCAAUCCUUCCCUAGUCCUUCCUCUCUCCACCAAUCCUUCCCUAGUCCUUCCUGUCUCCACCAAUCCUACCCUAGUCCUUCCUCUCUCCACCAAUCCUUCCCUAGUCCUUCCUCUCUCCACCAAUCCUUCCCUAGUCCUUCCUCUCUCUACCAAUCAUUCCCAACCCCUUGCCCUCCCCCAAACAAUAAUCAGUAACUUAAUUUCUCCAAAGGCGGUUCCCCACUGGAGUAAGACGAGAUGUUUUUCUCAAUGGGGUGAGUUCAGGCGUUUACCUGCUAUUGAUUUCAGCUGAAGUAUAUAUUAAACGGUCAUUAAUAUUAACAUACGCUGAAUUUGAUCCACAGUUCUAUUGAUAUUAACAUGAUGUGGUUCAUUUCAUCCCCAGUCCUACAACGAUUACAUGAGAGAGUUCCACCACACCAUUGGGCCGCCUCCUCCUUGGCAAGGAAUGGUAUGUUAAAAAUGAUCUAGAAUUUAGAUGUUAAAUGUUCUAGAAUCUACAGCAGAUGUUAAAUGUUCUAGAAUCUAGAUGGUAAAUGUUCUAGACUCUAGAUGGUAAAUGUUCUAGAAUCUAGAUGGUAAAUGUUCUAGAAUCAAGAUGCUACAUUUUCUAAAAUGUAGAUGGUAAAUGUUCUAGAAUCUAGAUGGUAAAUGUUCUAGAAUCGUUCCUGGGGACCCCCCUGGGUGCACGUUAAUGGUUUUUGCCCUAGCGCUACACAGCUGAUUCAAAUAACCAACUCCUCAUCAAGCUUUGAUUAUUUGAAUCAGCUAUGUAGUGCUUGGGCAAAAACCAAAACGUGCCCCCAGGACCGAGUUUGGAAAACCUUCAUAUAGAUGACGUCGCCAUAGUCUAGGACCGAGGAACGCCGACUGAAUAAUCUGCUUUCUACUAUUUGGUGAGAGGCAGAACCUACAGUGCUAUGAAAAAGUAUUUGCCCCCUUUCUAAUUUUCUCUAAUUGUGCAUAUCUGUGAUACUGAAUGUUAUCAGAUCUUCAACCAAAACCUAAUAUUAGAUAAAGGGAACAUAAGUGAACAAAUAACACAACAAUUACAUAUGUAUUUCAUAAACAAAGUUAUGCAACACCCAAUUCCCCUGUGUGAAAAAGUAAUUGCCCCCUUACACUCAAUAACUGGUUGUGCCACCUUUAGCUGCAAUGACUCCAACCAAAUGCUUCCUGUAGUUGUUGAUCAGUCUCUCACGUCGCUGUGGAGGAAUUUUGGCCCACUCUUCCAUGCAGAACUGCUUUAACUCAGUGACGUGUGGGUUUUCAAGCAUGAACUGCUCGUUUCAAGUCCUGCCACUACAUCUCAACUAGGCCAUUCCAAAACUUCAAAAUUGUUGCUUUUUAGCCAUUUAAUGUAGACUUGAUUUGUGUGUUUUGGAUCAUUGUCUUGCUGCAUGACCCAGCUGCGCUUCAGCUUCAGCUCACAGACGGAUGGUCUGACAUUCUCCUGUAGAAUUCUCUGAUACAGAGCAGAAUUCAUGCUUCCUUCUAUUAAGGCAAGUCGUCCAGGUCCUGAGGCAGCAAAGCAUCCCCAAACCCUGGGGUGGUUGUCUUGAUGAUCAUCCAGGUGCUUUUUGGCAAUCUUGAGUCAACUUUUUGGACGAGAUGGGUCCCAUUAAGCCUGGCGAAAACCAAACACUGCAUUCCACAGUAAGAACAUCAUACCAAAGGUCAAGCGUGGUGGUGGUGUGAUGGUUUGGGGAUGCUUUGCUGCCUCAGGACCUGGACGACUUGCCUUAAUAGAAGGAACCAUGCAUCCUGUUUCCAUUGAUCAUCUUUGAGAUGUUUCUACAUCUUGAUUGAAGUCCACCUGUGAUAAAUUCAAUUGAUUGGACAUGAUUUGGAAAGGCACACACCUGUCUAGAUAAGGUCCCACAGUUGACAGUGCAUGUCAGAGCAAAAACCAAGCAAUGAGCUCUGUAGAGCUCAGAGACAGGAUUGUGUCGAGGCACAGAUCUGGUGGAAGGGUACCAAAAAAUAUCUGCAGCAUUGAAGGUCCCCAAGAACACAGUGGCCUCCAUCAUUGUUAAAUAGAAGAAGUUUGGAACCACCAUACACUUCCUAGAGCUUGCCGCUUGGCCAAACUGAGCAAUCGGGGGAGAAGGGCCUUGGUCAGGGAGGUGACCAAGAACCCAAUGGUCAAUCUGACAGAGCUUCAAAGUUCCUCUGUGGAGAUGGGAGAAACUUCCAGAAGGACAAUCAUCUCUGCAGCACUCCACCAAUCAGGCCAUUAUGGUAGAGUGGCCAGAUGGAAGCCACUCCUCAGUAAAAGGCAUAUAACAGCCCGCUUGGAGUUUGCCAAAAGGCACCUAAAGACUCAGACCAUGAGAAACAAGAUUCUCUGGUCUGAUGAAACCAAGACUGAACUCUUUGGCCUGAAUGCCAAGCGUCAUGUCUGGAGGAAACCUGGCACCAUCCCUACGGUGAAGCAUGGUGGUGGCAGCAUCAUGCAGUGGGGAUGUUUUUCAGUGGCAGGGACUGGGAGACCAGUCAGGAUCGAUGGAAAGAUGAACGGAGCAAAGUACAGAGAGAUCCUUGAUGAAAACCUGCUCCAGAGUGCUCAGGACCUCAGACUGGGGCGAAGGGUCACCUUCCAACAGGACAAUGACCCUAAGCACAUAGCCAAGACAACACAGGGGUGGCUUUGGGACAAGUCUCUGAAUGUCCUUGAGUGGCCCAGCCAAAGCCGGUCCCCAUCCAACCUGACAGAGCUUGAGAGGAUCUGCAGAGAAGAAUGGAAGAAACUCCCCAAAUGCAGGUGUGCCAAGCUUAUAGCGUCAUACCCAAGAAGACUUGAGGCUGUAAUCGCUUCCUAAAGGUGCUUCAACAAAGUACUGAUAAAUAAAUAAAGUGCACUUCACAAAGUAGAUGGCAUCAUGAGGAAGGAAAAUGAUGUGGAUAUAUUGAAGCAACAUCUCAAGACAUCAGUCAGGAAGUUGAAGCUUGGUCGCAAAUGGGUCUUCCGAAUGGACAAAGACCCCAAGCAUACUUCCAAAGUUGUGGCAAAUUGGCUUAAGGACAACAAAGUCAAGGUAUUGGAGUGGCCAUCACAAAGCCCUGACCUCAAUCCUAUAGAACAUUUGUGGGCAGAACUGAAAAAGGGUGUGCGAGCAAGGAGGCCUACAAACCUGACUCAGUUACACCAGCUCUGUCAGGAGGAAUGGGCCAAAAUUCACCCAAUUUAUUGUGGGAAGCUUGUGGAAGACUACCCGAAACGUUUGACCCAAGUUAAACAAUUUAAAGGCAAUGCUACCAAAUACUAAUUGAGUGUAUGUAAACUUCUGACCCACUGGGAAUGUGAUGAAAGAAAUAAAAGCUGAAAUAAAUCAUUCUCUCUACUAUUAUUCUGACAUUUCACAUUCUUUAUAAUAAAGUGGUGAUCCUAACUGACCUAAGACGGGGACUUUUUACUAGGAUUAAAUGUCAGGAUUUGUGAAAAACUGAGUUUAAAUGUAUUUGGCUAAGGUGUACGUAAACUUCCGACUUCAACUGUAUAGUGUAGAUAGAGCUCUAUCCAUCCAUGUAUCUAUCUAUCUAGGUCAUAUAUAUCUACAACUCUCUAUGGUUUGAUAAAGAAACGUAUCAAAAGUGAAAUUGCCGUAUGCGACCUUCUGUAAUAAAAUAGGCUGAUCUGCUUCUACCUUUUUAAUAUAUUUGUUGUAAAUACUUUUGUGAAUAGUUAAUUAAUUCACUGAACUUUAUCUUUACACUGGCCACUUUGUCUACCUGUCAUUUAGGGGACUUUUUUUUCCCCCCACUGACCUCUUAAUUAAUUAAUUCAUUGUAUAAAUCGAAUACGAUUUCUUUUCAUCUCUAGGAAGUCUCGAGGUUUUGCUCGCCUGAGGUAGAGUAUCUUAUGAUAAGCUGUAGACCACACUAUUUACCAAGAGAGUUUUCAUCUAUAUUUUUCAUAGCUGUCUAUUUACCACCACAAACCAAUGCUGGCAUUAAGAUUGCACUGAAUGAGUUGUACAAGGCCAUAAAUCAACAGGAAAACGCUCAUCCAGAUGCAGCACUCCUAGUGGCCGGGGACUUUAAUGCAGGGAAACUUAAAUCCGUUCUACCUAAUAAUAAUAAAUAAUAUGCCAUUUAGCAGACGCUUUUAUCCAAAGCGACUUACAGUCAUGUGUGCAUACAUUUUUGUGUAUGGGUGGUCCCGGGGAUCGAACCAACUACCUUGGCGUUACAAGCGCCGUGCUCUACCAGCUGAGCUACAGAGGACCUCUUCUCCUCUCCCCUGCCACUCUUUCCUUAGUGUACAAGAGAAAGUACUGUUUUCUGUCAAUAUACCUGGUACAGUAAUGGUUAAUAAACAACUCUUAAGGGGGCCCUAUAAAAUGGAGAUUUUUUUUCCCCAAAUUAUGUUUUAUUUUCCCCAAAGUAUGUUUUCAUUGGUAUGAGAUUAGUUCUUUUUUUUUUUUCACUUUCAAAAUUAGAAUUGUUCAUAGAGAAACAACAAAAUUGGAUUUUCUGAGUCCAUGUCAAUGUUUAAAUCACAUUUUUAGCUCUGGAAGAAAACGAUCAAAUAGAUUUUUUUAGUAUAAUUCCCCUUUAAUUGCGCGUCUAGCGUGUGAGGAAUGUGCCUUCUAACGUGCCGGUCUAGUGAUGGUUCUGUACUGAUGCUACUCAUUUCACAGCAAAGUUUGCAAAUAACAAAUAAUAGAUAAUGAUAUGCUUCCUCACGACAUACUUCUGCCAGGUAAGACUACUCUGCAGUUAAAAUGUAAUUGAGAAGGUUUUGGGGAAAGUAUUUCUGUCAACCAACAAGAUGGUUAUCACAUCAACUGGCUACACAUGGAGUGAUAGACAAACGCCUGCACCACACAGACAGACAGGGGCAAUAUUGCUGGAAAUUAAUUGGCAGAUAUUGUCUUAAGUUUGGCUUUUUAAACCAAUAGUGGCUAACCAGGGGUGGGAUAAUGUCAAUGUUGCGUUGAUUAGAUAGUAGCUGGGAGCUUGCGGUGUCUGAUACUUGUGAUAUUUGUUUAUGACAGUUUGCGGUGGAACACGUGAAAAUUGCAUGUACUUUAAGAAUUGUUUGGCGAGCUACACAUAAGUGGCCUGCAAACUACUGGUAGCUAGCGAUCUACCUGUUGGAGACCCCUGACCUCCACUAUGUUUGACCUGUUGGAGACCCCUGACCUCCACUAUGUUUGACCUGUUGGAGACCCCUGACCUCCACUAUGUUUGACCUGUUGGAGACCCCUGACCUUUUUUCAUAGCUGUCUAUUUACCACCACAAACCAAUGCUGGCAUUAAGAUUGCACUGAAUGAGCUGUAUAAGGCCAUAAGUCAACAGGAAAACGCUCAUCCAGAGGCAGCGCUCCUAGUGGCCGGGGACUUUAAUGCAGGGAAACUUAAAUCCGUUCUACCUAAUUUCUACCAGCAUGUUAAAUGUGCAACCAGAGGAAAAAAAACUCUAGACCACCUUUACUCCACACACAGAGACGCAUACAAAGCUCUCCCUCGCCCUCCAUUUGGCAAAUCUGACCAUAACUCUAUCCUCCUGAUUCCUGCUUAUAAGCAAAAACUAAAGCAGGAAGCACCAGUGACUCGGUUAAUAAAAAAGUGGUCAGAUGACGCAGAUGCUAAGCUACAGGACUGUUUUGCUAGCACAGACUGGAACAUGUUCCGGGAUUCUUCAGACAGCAUUGAGGAGUACACCACAUCAGUCACUGGCUUCAUCAAUAAGUCAAUCGAUGAUGUCGUCCCCACAGUGACCGUACGUACAUACCCCAACCAGAAGCCAUGGAUUAUAGGAAACAUCCGCACUGAGCUAAAGGGUAGAGCUGCCGCUUUCAAGGAACGGGACUCUAACCCGGACGCUUAUAAGAAAUCCCGCUAUGACCUCCGACGAACCAUCAAACAGGCAAAGAGUCAAUACAGGACUAAGAUUGAAUCGUACUACACCGGCUCUGACGCUCGUCGGAUGUGGCAGGGCUUGCAAACUAUUACAGACUACAAAGGGAAGCACAGCCGCGAGCUGCCCAGUGACACAAGCCUACCAGACGAGCUAAACCACUUCUAUGCUCGCUUCGAGGCAAGCAACACUGAAGCAUGCAUGAGAGCACCAGCUGUUCCGGAUGACUAUGUGAUCACGCUCUCCGUAGCCGAUGUGAGUAAGACUUUUAAGCAGGUCAACAUUCACAAGGCCGCAGGGCCCAGACGGAUUACCAGGACGUGUACUCCGAGCAUGUGCUGACCAACUGGCAAGUGUCUUCACUGACAUUUUCAACAUGUCCCUGACUGAGUCUGUAAUACCAACAUGUUUCAAGCAGACCACCAUAGUCCCCGUGCCCAAGGACUCUAAGAUAACCUGCCUAAAUGACUACCGACCCGUAGCAGUGACGUCUGUAGCCAUGAAGUGCUUUGAAAGGCUGGUCAUGGCUCACAUCAACAGCAUUAUCCCAGAAACCCUAGACCCACUCCAAUUUGCAUACCGCCCCAACAGAUCCACAGAUGAUGCAAUCUCUAUUGCACUCCACACUGCCCUUUCCCACCUGGACAAGAGGAACACCUACGUGAGAAUGCUAUUCAUUGACUACAGCUCAGCAUUCAACACCAUAGUGCCCUCUAAGCUCAUCACUAAGCUAGGGAUCCUGGGACUAAACACCUCCCUCUGCAACUGGAUCCUGGACUUCCUGACGGGCCACCCCCAGGUGGUAAGGGUAGGUAACAACACAUCUGCCACACUGAUCCUCAACACGGGGGCCCCUCAGGGGUGCGUGCUCAGUCCCCUCCUGUACUCCUGUACUCCAACACCAUCAUUAAGUUUGCCGACGACACAACAGUGGUAGGCCUGAUCACCGACAACGAUGAGACAGCCUAUAGGGAGGAGGUCAGAGACCUGGCCGUGUGGUGCCAGGACAACAACCUCUCCCUCAACGUGACCAAGACAAAGGAGAUGAUUGUGGACUACAGGAAAAAAAAGAGGACUGAGCACGCCCCCAUUCUCAUCGACGGGGCUGUAGUGGAACAGGUUGAGAGCUUCAAGUUCCUUGGUGUCCACAUCACCAACGAACUAUCAUGGUCCAAACACACCAAGACAGUCGUGAAGAGGGCACGACAAAGCCUAUUCCCCCUCAGGAGACUGAAAAGAUUUGGCAUGGGUCCUCAGAUCCUCAAAAAAUUCUACAGCUGCACCAUCGAGAGCAUCCUGACUGGUUGCAUCACCGCCUGGUAUGGCAACUGCUUGGCCUCUGACCGCAAGGCACUACAGAGGGUAGUGCGUACGGCCCAGUACAUCACUGGGGCCAAGCUUCCUGCCAUCCAGGACCUCUAUACCAGGCGGUGUCAGAGGAAGGCCCUCAAAAUUGUCAAAGACUCCAGCCACCCUAGUCAUAGACUGUUCUCUCUGCUACCGCACGGCAAGCGGUACCGGAGUGCCAAGUCUAGGUCCAAAAGACUUCUCAACAGCUUCUACCCCCAAGCCAUAAGACUCCUGAACAUCUAAUCAAAUGGCUACCCGGACUAUUUGCACUGCCCCCCCACCCCAUCCUUUUUACGCUGCUGCUACUCUGUUAAUUAUUUAUGCAUAGUCACUUUAACUCUACCCACAUGUACAUAUUACCUCAACUACCUCAACUAGCCGGUGCCCCCGCACAUUGACUCUGCAACGGUACCCCCCUGUAUAUAUAGCCUCCCUACUGUCACUUUAUUUUACUUCUGCUCUUUUUUUUCUCAACACUUUUUUUUGUUGUUGUUUUAUUUUAUUUUAUUUUUUUGUUAAAAAUAAAUGCACUGUUGGUUAAGGGCUGUAAGUAAGCAUUUCACUGUAAUGUCUGCACCUGUUGUAUUCGGCGCAUGUGGCCAAUAAAAUUUGAUUUGAUUUGAUAGGCGCAGUACCCUGGGAUGGAGCAGCCACCUCACCACCCGUUCUACCAGCACCACCCUCCUCCUCCCCAGGCACACCCCCCCUACGCUGGGCACCACCCUGGGCACCACCCUGUACCACAUGACGCCCGCUUCAGGGAGAAGAGAGUCGUCCGCUCCUUCAGCUCCAACCUGGUAAAAGUUCAUUUCCUGUUUCCUGUCUGCUCUGAUGGGAUUACUUGUUUUGAAGAGGAUAAUUCAUCAACUCUUGGAGGGCAGUGGAAGUUGAUCAAAACGCAAAAAAUAAACAACUGAUGAAGAGGUUAAGGACCAAAUUACUUUGGUUUUAUCAAUAAAGAAGCGUUUUUAGUCAACUUCCGCUGCCCUCCAAGAGUUGAUGAAUUUCCUCUUUACUUCAGUUUGCUACUCAUGCACCUUGGUUGGGGAGCGAGAUAGCGUCAGUGUUCCCUUUUGCAGUGACUACUUGUUUUACCAGGCAGUCAUACGACGUUACUGUGGCAAUGUUUCGUUUAGUUACAAUACGUUUUGCUCCGUUGAGCCCAUACUUGAUAGGUUGCCCACCUACCCCAACAGAAGGAUUCUGCAUCACCCAUUCACACAUGUUCACUUAAAUGUGUUAAUGCCCAGAGGGACUAUAACUAGUUAGUAGUCUGAACACCACAUCUCUCUCCCCCUUCUGCAGCAUGACUAUGACAUGCGGGUGGAUGACUUCCUGAGACGGACCCAGGCCGUGGUGACCGGUCGCCGCAGCCGUCCCCGGGAACGAGACCGGCAGAGGGAGCGAGAAAGGCCCCGGGACGCCCGCCGGGACCGGGACCGCGACCGCGACAGGGAGAGAGACAGGAUCAGGGACAGGGAGAAGGAGAGGGGGCGCUACAGGAGAUAA